CAACGUAAGCUCCACCAACCACCAUCCUUCAAUCAGAUAAGAAGCAAUUCAAUCUCCAUACCAUGUACCAUAUGCGCCAUAACCCAACUCAAACCUCAACACAAUCCAAAAUGUCUCCAAAUCCACCACCAACCGCCCAAACAAUCGCCGACAUAAACACCCUCUCUCAUUUCCUCUCCUCCUCCUCCAACACCCUCCCCCGCGCCACCACCUCCUCCUCAACAUCACCAACCCACCCUCCAAUCCCUCCAACCGACUGCAUUGUCAUCUGCGCCUCCGCCAUCCUCCACCAAGCCGAAAUCCUCUUCAGCGCCCUCUCAUCCAAUCCCAAUCUAACACCCCGUCUCGUCCUAUGCGGUGGAAUCGGCCACUCGACAAAAUUCAUGUACGAGGCCGUAGCGAAGCAUCCGCGCUUCGGGGACAUUGCGGAGCAAAUUAAGGGAUUCCCAGAAGCGAGGGUUCUAGAGAGGAUUUUAGAUGUGUUUUUUAAUGGGCAGAAGAUAAGGCAGAUGGGAUGUGAGGUGUUGGUGGAAGAUGAAUCGACGAAUUGUGGAGAGAACGCUGUUAAGACUAGGGGGGUUUUGGAAGAUGCAGAAAAAGCGGCAGCAGCAGAAGCAGCAGCAGCAGCAGAAAUAAUACAAAAAAGACACCAUCCACGAACAUUUCUAAUAAUCCAAGAUCCAACAAUGAUGCUUCGGACGAAAGCGUCGUUCGAAAAAGCAUAUCAGGAUAUACUUCCCGCGAGAGAGUUUAUUUGUUUUCCGACGUUCGUGCCUGAGGUGAAGUUAUCAACAUCAACAUCAACAUAUACUUCCGGUUCUGGUUCUGAUUCAUCGGAAAUGAUGACGAUAACAUAUUCAAAUACCACGCCUCCUCCAGAGGGGUUAUGGGAUUUUGAGCGGUUUUAUGAUCUCAUCAUGGGUGAGAUUCCGAGAUUGAGAGAUGAUAAGGAGGGGUAUGGACCGAAUGGAAAGGGGUUUAUUACCCAUGUGGAUGUUCCCAGGGAUGUGGAGGAGGCGUGGGAGAGAUUAAGGGCUUUUAGGGUUGGGGGGAGGUAGGUGGUUGUAUUGUAUGAAAUAUGGAGGAGAGAGUUGCUGUGCAGGAGAGGGAAAGGGACUUGUUUUUGAUGGGCUUGUUGAUUUACUUGGCGUAUUAUGAGAUAUAUGAAUGUAUACUAGACUACAUAGGUGCUUUCUUUUACUGGAUUCAGCCUAUAAAGAUAGAUGCCCAUCGUUUUCGGAGGCAUCGAUAGAUAGAUAGCAACAUUAGGCUCUCUUAUCUGCCAGAAUUGAUUAGUUAGAGCAUACAUAUAUAGGAAACUCAGCUGCUGUUGCAGUUACGCGAG